GUGGAAUCGCUUUAUCCUCGUCCUGGCUGGGUUGAAUUAGAUCCUGAAGUGCUGUGGAGUCAGUUUGUUGGUGUAAUAAAAGAGGCUGUACAAGCUGCGGGACUUCACAUGAGGCAAAUUGCUGGUCUUGGCAUCUCAACGCAGAGAGCAACUUUCAUUACGUGGCACAAGAGGACAGGAAAACCUUUUCAUAAUUUCAUAAGUUGGCAAGACUUAAGAAGUGCUGAACUUGUGAAUUCCUGGAAUAAGUCCCUUCUGCUGAAGGUAAUCCAUGUUAUUUUUACAGUACUUCAUUUCUUGACUGGGAAUGAUCGAUACUUGGCACCAAGUUUUCUUACUUUUUCAACACAACAAACUUCUAUGAAGUUGUCAUGGGUCUUUAAAAACAUAUAUGAGGCUGAAGAAGCCGCCAAAAAAAAUAACUGCUGCUUUGGAACAGUUGACACUUGGUUACUGUAUAGACUGACUAAAGGUUCUGUGUAUGCUACAGAUUACUCAAAUGCUAGUGCUACAGGCGUUUUUGAACCCUUUACGAAAUGUUGGAAUCCUGCUUUGUGUUACUUACUUUCCAUUCCAAUGUCUGUUUAUCCUCCAGUGAAAGACACAAGCUUCAACUUCGGAUCAGCUGACUCUGAAAUAUUUGGGGUAUCUAUUCCAAUAAUGGCAGUGGUAGCUGAUCAGCAGUCAGCCAUGUUUGGAGAAUGCUGCUUUCACCCAGGAGAUGUUAAACUGACGAUGGGAACAGGUGGUUUCUGGAAUGUGAAUACUGGAGAGCAUCUCUUUGCAUCACGGGGAAGUCUGUAUCCACUGAUUGGUUGGAAGAUUGGGGAAGAAGUUGUUUACUUAACUGAAGGCUGUAUGUCAGACAUUGGCACUGCCAUAAAAUGGGCUCAGGAUAUAAAUCUUUUCACUAAUGUUGAUGAAACAGAAAAAAUGGCACGGAGUAUUGUUGAUUCUCAAGGCGUUUGUUUUGUUCCAGGUUUUCAGGUUUCUGUGAAUGACCCAUAUUUAUGUGCCUCUUUCAUUGGUCUGAAACCUUCCACUACCAGAAACCAUCUUGUGCGAGCUAUAUUGGAAUCUGUAGCUUUCAGAAACAAACAGCUUUAUGAUAUCAUUGUGAAGAAGGUACGCAUUCCUCUUCAAACUAUUCGAGCUGAUGGAGGUGUCAGUAAUAAUAGUUUUGUUAUGCAGAUGACUUCAGAUUUAAUUAAUAGGCAAAUAGAAAAACCUGCAAAUGCAGACAUGUCUAGUCUUGGUGCAGCUUUUCUAGCAGGCCUUGCUUCAGGAUUUUGGACUGACAAAGAACAACUAAAGAAGCUAAGGCGAAUAGAAGCCAUUUUUGAGCCCCAGAAGGACUUGGAGGAAUACAAACCUGCUAUGGAUAUCUGGCUACAAGCAAUGAAACGUUCCCUGCACUGGUAG